UAUGAAAGGUAUAAAUGAGCUAAAAUCCGCAGGCAGUGCAUUCGUCUGGGAGCCGCAGUUGAAUUUGUUAGGAUAUUUCGAGGAGGAUUUGAGAUUUCACUUGUUUUGUUCCAAAUCCUGUGUUUACUGACGCAAGAUGAACGUCACGGUCUGUGCGGUGUUGGUGUUUAUUUGUGUAACCAUGGUAACAGCAAAUUAUCCAGACGAUAUGAAAAUUAAUCUGUUAAAGCGGCUUCUGAUAAGUCCACCAGGUAUUGGUAGUGGUGCAGGGGGAGCCAAAGGCGGGAAUUGUAAAAAUCUCGAGCGAUUAGAAGGAAAAAUAGACAGACUGAUCUCUUUACUAGAGAUGACAGUGCCUGAGCCAGAAGAAACUGAAACUAACACAGACUCGCAAAUCGAAUCAUCUGACGAAGGGAAAACUACAACAACAGAGUCCCAGGCAAAUGCAACAACGGCAGCAGAGUCCGAGACAACUACAUUAACGCCACAGCCGACCAACUCAACUACAGCAGAACCGGACACAGAACCAACAACUGCAGCAGAAACGGGCACAGGAACAACAGAUAGUGACAGUGGUUUAGAACGCCUCGUUUUGCUUAAUCUGUUAAAGAAUCUGGCAAGAAAAAGGACUCAAUUACGUCAUUAAUCAAGAGGAACAAUAAAAAGG